AUGGCCGGACUCUCUAGCAAUGUCAUGAACAUGAAGUUCAUGCAGAAAGCACAGGAAAGAGAUCAAAAGAGGGCCCAAGAAGUGGAAAUUAAAAAAGUUAAGGACUCUUCAGAGUGGGUUCUUCCCAAUCGGGCUGCUGUGCAAAGAAAUGUUAAGAGUGCUAUCAAAGUUCAGUCUGUUGGAUACGGUAGUAUAGCGUCAAUGACGGCACCACAGGAUGAUUCUGAAACCGAAAAGGAAGAGCUGCCUAAACCAGAAGUCUCUAAAGUAUGUAUUUCCAGUUUCCUUCUCACCCAUUUCACCACUAACCACUAG